CGUGCGUGCCGGCGUACUUGCGUGUGGCGACCUUGAAUUGGCAUGCCACCAAAUAUCUACGAGCUGUUGUUCAAGUCAGUUUCUUGAGCCUCUUCCGAUAGGUUGGAAGUGUAGUCAAAUCGAGGAAGAAUUGGAGGCAAAUCAAAAAUACGCAAUCCUCUUCCUCCCAUCAUCGACGGAUUAUUUUGUUCAAUUGCAGCAAUAAUUCUUCGCACAUUUUUUCUUGACCAAAAAAUAAUAGAAGAUCUUCAAAUUAUUCGGGCGAUUGAUUCAACAAUACCAACCCAAAUUCUCAACCAUAAUCCAUAACCUCAACCUCGUCAUGAACUCUUACAAGCAACAAAACAGACUCCAAGCUGUGGUGGUUCUCCUACCAUAUCUGCUGUGCGGACUGGUUUUCAAGCCUUUGUCCGUGUUUGCCAAACCUCUUGUCACUGAACCUCGAGCGGCCUUCGAGCCCAAGGUUCUGACCAUGAAGUUGUCGCCAGGAUCGUCUUCCACCGGCGCCACUUCGAAAUUGGACCAAAAUCUCAACAUUGACAGUCUACCAGUGGGCGAAGCGGUGGAUCUCUUCUAUCGGUUCGGAUUCUUCUCAUUAAGCGUGCGCGUUGUUCCGCGGGACGACCCCGGCCAAUGGCUCAUCCGCGAACCCACCUCCAAGGUGUUCCAGAGCUUUGCCGAAAAGGUGACACCUACCCAGGGUAGCUUCGAUAACGAUCUCAAGAUCUACCUUUGCGACGACGUCGCUGAACUUGAGCAAGCCUAUUUCACCAAUUUCAAGGCCUCAGGGGUUACCGCACCCUACAAGCUGUUCACGGGAAGUUGGCAUGACACCACGAGGGCCAAGUAUUUCGGUUUGAGCGCGGACAUGUUUGACGGAGAUUCCAGUUUUGUGCUCAUCAAACUGUCUCUUGACGCCGUGACUUUGUCCAUGGCCGACCAACCGACUCUAUCCAACGACAUUCGCCAAGCCCUCGCCUCACUUCAAAACGGGGACGAAAAUUCCAUUGGCGAGUUCAUCGAACAACAUGGCAGCCAUUACAUUGAGACUAUCCAGGUUGGUGAUGCCGUCUACCAGGUUCUGGCCUUGAAGAAAGAUCAGUACCGAAGUCUCAAGUCUGACCUCCAGACCAACUCCAACCAACAACCUCUGGGGACCAAGCGUUUCGACGAAUUGUUCAACGCCUACUUGGCCCCUUGGGUCACCCGCCAGAGUGGACAAGUCCAAUGUGCCAGCGGCUCUCAACGUUUGCAAAGCUUCCUGGACACCUCCUUGACUUUGAAAGCACAAUUCGACUCGUAUCCGAAUAUCUUUGCUCUUCAAGGGGACGACGCCAAACAAGCUGAGCUGAACGCUUUGAGCUCUGAAAGCUCCGGGGCGGUCAUCGGAAUGAAUUUCCAGGGCUUCAACGACUUCAUCGAGAACCUUGAUACCCGCACCUUUUACGAAGAAAUCCUGAAGACUCGCACUUUGCUUUGGGAAUCCAACAUUGCCUAAGUGGUCGGUCACUGAAGCAGGUUCCUUGGUCUUAUUGUCAUAACAUUUAUGCUAUUUAUUCAUUAUCGCAUGAUGCACAUUGUUUAGAUAGAACGGUGCUUUGCCAAGAAUUAAACAAAUCUUAGAUCAUUGCA